AUGAAAGAUUAUUCAUAUGAAAACUAUUAUCCUAAAGAUAAAAACGAUAUAAGAAAUAUUUCCAAAGAAAUGGAUAGAAUGAUUGUGUUACAUAAUAUAUUAAACGAUUGUAUUAUAGCUAAGGUAAAAAAUGAUUAUGGAGAUGAUGAAAAAUAUUUUAUCAAUUUAAAAGAUUAUCCUGAAAAAAAGGACGAUAUAAAGAAUAAAAAUAUUUAUUUAUAUAAAAUAUCAAAUGAUAAUUUGAAAACAUGCAGCAAUUAUUUUGAUUCUCUAAAUCAGAAGGACCUGAUACCUUUUUUGGAAAAUUCUAAUAAUAUUAUAGAUGAGAAAGGUUGUACUCCAACUUAUGAUGAGGAAGAUUGCAAAAUAGAUCAUAUAUGUUAUAAUAGUACAAAUGAAAGUGAGGGAAAAAAUUAUGAUAUAAUAAAGUAUAUGGAAAGACCUAAUCAUAUGUUAUCAAAUGAACCUGUACAUGUAAAAAAGAGUGUUAAUGUGAUACAUAAUAAUAUUAUAAAAAGACUUAAGGACAACACUAGAAAUGAUAAUAAUAAUAAUAAUAAUAAUAAAUAUGUUGAAAAUAAAUUUUAUAAAAGGAAGGGAAUAUAUAAUGAAGAAAAAGAAAAAAAGCAUCACAAAAAAAGCAACACAAAAAAGGAAAUGAAAAAAAGUAACUUUUCAUUUGUUAGAAAAGAAUCUUCAUCUAAAUCAAAAUAUUGCAAUAAUAUAAAUAAUAGUAAGAAAAAAAAAAUUGUAAAUUCAAAAGGAGCGAUUAAUGGAAAAGAGAAAAUUGAAAAUAAAACAGAAUCCACAAAAGGAUCAAAAAAGAAUAUGUCAACAUAUUUUUUUAAAACUAAUCAUAAGAAUGAUAUUAAAUUGAGAAAUAGGAAUCAUUCUAAUAAUUCCCAAAAAAGAAGUAGAAAUAAUAAUCAAAUUAAUGAAAAUCCAGAUUUUGAAUUUUUAUUUAAUACUAAAGUUGUAAAGCAAGAAAAUAUAGGUAAAGAUUGUAACCUAUUGUCGAACGAACUUGUUUUUAGUGGGAAUAUAUUGAAGGUUAAAAAACAAAAAAGAAAAAAAAUUGAUAUAAAAAAUAGAAAUAAUAACAACAAAACGGUGGAAAGAAAUAUAUCAUAUGGUACUAACAAAAUAAUCAAUCCAUAUAAAAUGGAGAAAAAUAAAAAGGACUCGAAAAAUAACGAAAAUAUCAAAAAAAUCAAAAAUAACGAAAAUAUCAAAAAUAUCAAAAAUAACGAAAAUAUCAAAAAUAUCAAAAAUAACGAAAAUAUCAAAAAUAUCAAAAAUAAUAAAAAUAAUUUUAUAACCAUAGGACAAAGGAAUAUAUCAACAAAUCACAAUAAAAUAAAUGAAGAAUAUUUUAAUAAAAAAUGUAAAGAUGAACAUAGCAUAAAUACCGAAAGUUCUUAUGAAAUUUCUAUACAGGGGGAAGUGAAUUUAAAUUUUGAUUUAAGUGAUAAGGAAGGUACAGAAAUGAAGAGUAAUAAUAAUAUUAUAUUCAUGUGUGAUGAUAAUUAUGUGAAAAAGAAAUAUAUAAAUAAUAGUAAUGAUAUAAAUAAUACUAAAAGUAAGGAAGAAAAAAAUAAAAAUAAUUGUAUAUCCCAACAAAAUGGUAAGAUGGAAAAGGAAAAAAUGAAAGAUAAUUUUCUUUUCCAUUAUGGUUAUAAAAAUGAUCAAAGUAAUAUGUGUAGACAUACCAAAGAAACAGAAGAAAAGAAAGUUGAUCAUAUAUAUCAAAAUGGGAAAUGUAUGAAAUGUUCUAGCUCAUUUGAAGUGAAGCAUUUAUAUAAAAAAAUAAAUGAUAUUUUUGAUGUUAAUAUUAAAAAUAAGAAAAAAUAUAUUCACAUAGAAAAAUGUGAUAAUCUUAUAAAGAAAUAUUGUCCAAUCCAUCCACAUGAACAUGUUAAUAUGUACAUGAACAAUGUAAAGGAAAAAACAAACAAACAAAAUAGUAGUGAACCAGUUAAGGGUAUAAAUAAUAUAGCAUUAAACGUUUGUACAAGAACAAAUAAUGAGAACAAUAUUUUUGAUAAAAGUAUGAUAACUCAAAAAAAGGAAAAAAAAAAAAAAAAUUUCCAUGAAUAUAAUAUAGAAAAUAAUCAUUUAAAUAAUGAAUUGCACAAAAUUGAUGAUAAUACAGAAUAUAAAAAAAAAAAACAGAUUAGUUUAUUGGAAAAAAGUAACAUAAAAUAUAAUAAUAAUUUAAGGAUUCAUAAAAAUACAGAUAAAGGGAAUAAUAAUAAAUGGAUAUCUGGAAAUAUUAUAAAUAAUGAGUAUAAAACUACAAAGGAUAUAUAUUACAAGAAUUUAUAUAAGAUUAAUAGUGUCAAAUUGAAAAAUGAGGAUAAUAAUAAUGGGAGGAUAAGGUUUAAACGUGACACAUUUAAUGAAACGUAUGAUAAUAUAUAUCAUCACAAAAAAUGUUAUGAUUUAGUAUUGAAUGAACUGCUGAAAGUUACUAGAAAGAAAAAACCCAAGAAACACUAUCAUGAAUAUAAUAAAAUUUAUAAGAAUGAAAAGAAUAUUUUAACUAACAAUAAUAAUAAUAAUAAUAAUAAUAAUAAUAAUAAUAAUAAUAACCAUAACAACCAUAAUAAUAAUAAUAAUAAUAAUAAUAAUAACAAUAAUAAUCGUUUUGAUAUAAAUAAUAUUAAAGAACGUGAUGAGAAAAGAAAAAAUGAUAAAUCAAGUAUUACAUGUGAUAACGAAAAUAUUAGGAUUAAUUAUAAAACGAGCGCCAUGGAAAGAAUUAGGAACCAAAAAAUAUAUCAAGUCACAAAUCAAUUGAACGUUACAAAAUAUGAAUCCAAACUUAUCGAACUAGAAGAAAAAAUGAUAAAGUUAAAAGAAUUGUUAAAAAAAGAAGAUAUAGAAAAUGAACAGUUGAAAAGUUUUUUAAUUUUACAAGAUGAGGAAAUUAAUGCUCUUAAGGAAGAAUUAAAAAUAUUAUCAGAACAAAAUAAUAAAAAAAAAAAAAUUUCAAAAACGAAAAAGGAUAAAAGUCAUCAAAAUACAAUAUUUUAUAAAAAUCUAAUAAAAUCCAAGCCAUCAAAAUUUAUGGAAAUAAUUUUAAAAAAUGUAAAAGAAAAAAAACAAGAAAAGAAAACCUGUAACUUUAAAGAGUUAGAUAAAAAUAAUGAUGAAAUGAUUAAGAAAGAUCCCAUUAUUUUUGAUGAUAAAAAUAAUAUUAAUCCUAUAUUCAAAAAUGUAAAUAGUCUAUCGACUAGUUGUAAUUCUGUUGUACAUGCAUGUUAUCCUUAUGACAAAAAAAAUAUAGAAAAUCAAAAAAAUCAAGAAAAUCAAGAAAAUCAAAAAAAUCAAGAAAAUCAAAAAAAUCAAAAAAAUCAAGAAAAUCAAAAAAAUCAAGAAAAUCAAGAAAAUCAAAAAAAUCAAGAAAAUCAAAAAAAUCAAGAAAAUCAAAUACAAGUAAAUAAUCAUAAUGAGACAGCAAUUUUUUAUGAUAUGCCUCCUAAUAUUAAAAAUAACCAACUCCAUAUGAAUAACAAGUUUUCAUAUAUUUGUUGUGAUAUGGCCAAAAAGAGUUCGUUGGAUAGUUCAACAGGGUUUGCCAUACAAGAAAAGAAUGAUGAAAAUGCAUCACAUAAAUUAAAAACGAUGUCUUGUCCAAUGUAUAAACGUGAAUGGAGAAUAAACAAAAAUGAUGAAAUGAGAAAAGAGUAUCAUCCCCAUGAGACAUCAAAUGGACAAAUUAAGAAUUAUGUUACAAAUAAAUAUCGUAUAAAAAAUGAUAAUACAAAAAUAAAUUUACUAAAACAUAAUAUUAGUGAAGGUAAAAAGGAAAGAAUUGCUAGUGUUAAUUUUAACAAAUGUGAGGAUGAUAAUAAGAAUUAUAUAGAAAACAUAAAUGAAACAACAAGUAAUAUAGAAACUAUGAAUAAAAUAGAAAAUCAAAUUAAAAAUAAAAUUGAUUGUAAUCAUAUGGAAAAUUUAAAUAAGUACAAUAAAGAAUCAAAUACAAAUGAUGGAUAUCAUAAUUUGAAUCUUUGUCCUAGUACUAUUUUCAGGAAAAAGAAUAAUAACAAAAAAAAUAACGUCAAAAUAUGUCAAGAAAAAAUCAAUUCACACAUUGUACAUAUUAAUUAUAUAAGUAAUGACAAUUUUGGUCAGAUAAACAAGUCAGGAAAAAAUAAAUAUUUCUUAAGAAAAGUAAAAGAAGAAAAGAUAAAUGAAGAAAAAAAGGAAAAUAUUUUUUCUAAAUUUUUUUCUUAUAUAAAAAAUAAAAGUAUAUGUAAUGAAAAAAAAGAUAAUAAAAAGAAUUUAAGAAGAUACAAUUCACAUGUUCCUCAUUUAAGUACAAAAAGUCAUAUUUAUAAAUCACCAGAUAAUAAGAGAUCACAAUCAUUUAUUAAUUUAUUUAAAAAUUGUACAGCACAAAACUGUUCUAAGAAUUAUACAGAUUAUGUAUUAACCGAAAAGAAUUUAAAUUCAACUAAUACAUAUAAUAAAAUAAAUGAUAAAGAGAAAAUUGAAAUAAAAAAUGAUUCACCAAUUUUUGGUCCUCUUAAUAAAAUAGAAGAAAAUAAUAUUAUUUCUAAUAACCAUUUGAAGAUAACAGAAAAUGUUAAUCAUCCGGAACAAUUAUAUUUAAAGGGAAAAUUUGUACCAGAAUAUAAAAUAAAUAAGGAACAUGAUAUAAAAAAGAAAAGAAAAAGUUUUGUUUGUAAAAAAGUUAUAAAAAAAGGAAUAAUAAAAUCUAAUCAAAUAUAUAAUUUUAAAAUUAAUAACGGUAUUACAAAGCACAUGAAUUUAUAUUCUCAAAAUGUAAAAGAAAAAAGUUCUUCAACGAAAAAGAAAAUUCCAAAACAUUCUGAAAUUAUAAAUAAGAUUGAUGUAUUAAAUGAUGGAAAAGAAAAAAAAGAACAAUUAAAUAAAGAAAAUAUGAAACACAUGGAUAUUCUAAAUGUUAGAGGAAAACGAAAAAAAAAUGGAAAGAUUAAUAUGGAUAAGUUAUAUAAUAAAGAUCAACAAGUAAAAAGUCUUAAUUCUGAAGAAAUACAUUUUGAAAAAUAUGAAAAAAUACAGGAAAAUGGUAAAUUAUUAAAUGACCGUAAUUACCAGAAAAACAUCAUAUCGAUCAUUGAUAGGGAAAAUAUAAAACAUCACUCUGAAAAAAGGAUAAAACAUAAAGAAGAUAAUAAGAUAAUAAAUAAUAAAAAAUAUAUAUCAAACGUUUCAAAUGUUUCAAAUAUGUCAAACGUUUCAAAUGUUUCAAAUGUUUCAAAUGUUUCAAAUGUUUCAAAUGUUUCAAAUGUUUCAAAUGUUUCAAAUAUGUCAAAUAUUUCAAAUAUUUCAAAUAUACCAAAUAUUUCAAAUAUUUCAAAUAUACCAAAUAUAUCAGAUGACAUAAUGAUAUCCCCAAAUCAAAAGACGCAUAAUAUUAACAGUAGUAAUAAUAAUAAUAAGAAGAAGACAUUAUAUUUAAAUAAUCCUUCUAAUAAUAGUACAAACACAAAUAUAAACUUGCUUAAACCAAGUAUUAGAAAAAUGUAUGGACCACUUGAAGGUUCCACUUGUUCAAAUGAUAACAAGAAAUAUUUAUGGAUAAACGAUAAAGAAGAAAAAAAUAGGACAAAUCAGGAUAAGCUUAAAAAAAAAAAAGAAAAAAAAUGUUAUUAUGAUCACAAUGAUGAUAAUUCAUUAGAAAAUUCAAGUAAAAUAUAUAUUCAUGAUUUUCUUAAAAAUCAAGAAAUUCAAGGGAAAUUUAAUUUGCACUUGACAAAUGCAAAUAAAAAAUUGAAUGAUUCUUCGCAAAAUGUAAUUAAAAAAAUUGUUUUAAAUUGUAAAUGUAAAAAAUUAAAAGAUGAAAAGAAAAAAAAUAAAUGUAUCAAAAAUUUAAAUAAUGAAAAUAAAGAUAUAAAUGAUAUGAAAAAUGUAGAAAUAAUUAAAAACAAGGUAUCUCAUUUGGACAAUAAUAAAAAAAAAAUAAUAAUAAAUAAUAAGAAGAAUAAUAUAAUACAUGAAAACAAAAUGAAUGAUAAUAUUAAUUAUUAUUUAUUUAAAAAUGAUAAAAUAAAAAAAAAAAAUAUAUAUAUACAUGAUCAAGAUAUCCCACAGGAAUAUAUAAGCAAUAGAAAGGAUAGUUCUUGUAAAAAAUAUAUAAAUAAUAUGGAAAAACAAAAUAUAAACUAUGAUUUUCAGCUAUCAAGUUAUGAUAAUUAUUCUAAUAAAAAAAAUUGUCAUAUGUAUGAAAAUAUUAUUCCUAUUGAAAGUAAUCAACAAAAUAAUGUAUUAAAUUCAAAUGGAAAUCAUAUAAAUCAUGAACCUAAAAUACACUUUCUUGAAAAUGAUGAGUCAACAAUAAUUGUGGAAUAUCCAAAUGUUAAUUAUUAUAUUAAAUGCCCUUGA